UCCAUCUUUCGCCCAAUGGCCUUGGGGUACGGAUGAACACUUCACCCGACAGACUUUUCUCCCUUGACUCGUGGCUGCUCUCUCUACGGCGUCGUUCAUGUCCGGCAUGAGGGUGGCGCUCCGCACCCCACUACGGGCUCUCGGUGACCCGGCGUCCGUUCUUCAAUAUACUGCUUCACCAUACGCUCCUAGAGAGCUUGCAACGUGGAAUUCAUACAAGCCGCCCCGUUAUUGGCUAUUCAGCUCACUUAGGUUCAAUAAGGCGACCUUCCCACAGCACAACUUCCGAACGCCGUUUUCUACAAAGACUUUAUAUCGAUUCGAAACCCAACAGAGGGCUGGCGGUCAAGGAAGGCAGUCUCAGAAUUCUCAGUCUAGAAAUAAGUGGAUCGGGUAUGGGAUAAUUGGAGGGACAAUUGUUGUUGGAGGGGUCGUGGUUUCCGAUGAUAUCAGACACAUUUACCACGCUGCCGCGCGAACGGGGAGGGUUGUUGGCACGCUGGCUGUUUGUAUCAACGACUAUCGAGUGACUCUUAAGCAAGAGACGUGUACACCCGAGGAACGAAACGAGGCGAUUCGCGCCUGCCACAAGCGUUGCGCCGAUCGAACCCUACAUGUGCUGGAAAGGAAUGGCUCUAUCUUCAUUAAGCUGGGACAACACUUGAGUAGCAUGGGCUACCUGCUUCCGCUAGAGUGGACGACGACUUUCAUACCUCUUCAAGAUAAAUGCCCCGUUUCGUCGGUCGAGUCGAUUGAGCAAAUGUUCGUUAAGGACACUGGAAAACGGAUUGAUGAACUCUUUACGACAUUUGAACCGACCCCAAUCGGCGCGGCUUCGCUAGCACAGGUACACAUUGGGACAUUGAAGGAAACUGGCGAGAAGGUUGCGGUGAAGGUGCAACAUCCAGCAUUGGCGGAAUGGGCACCGCUUGACCUUGCGCUGACAAGGUUCACAUUCUCGAUGUUGAAGCGCUUCUUUCCGGAAUAUGACUUGGAAUGGCUCUCGAAGGAAAUGGAUCUUUCGUUGCCACAGGAGUUGGAUUUUCGCAUGGAAGCGCAAAAUGCCAAAAGGGCUAGCGAGUACUUCAAGAAGAACUCAAAUGCUCCUCUCGUGAUUCCAAAAGUGUUGUGGGCACAAAAACGGAUUCUUGUGAUGGAGUUCAUAUCGGGCUCGCGGCCAGACGACCUAGAAUAUCUAGAUAAAAACCAUAUUGACCGGGACGAGGUUUCAGCUGCGCUAGCUCAUAUAUUCAACGAGAUGAUUUUUGGCGACAACGCUCCUCUACACUGUGAUCCUCAUGGCGGGAACAUUGCCAUCCGCAAAAACCCUAACCGGAGUCGCCACAAUUUCGACAUCAUCCUUUACGACCACGGUUUGUACCGCGAUAUCCCUCGCGAAACGCGCCGUAACUAUGCAAAACUUUGGCUCUCUGUCAUCGAAGCUGACGAGGCUCGCAUGCGCGAGUAUUCACGCAAGGUAGCCGGUGUGACGGAUGAGCAGUUCCCUCUCUUCGCAAGCGCAAUUACAGGUAGAGAUUACACAGUUCUAACAAAGAAAAACAUCACUUCAUUGCGCACAGAAGCAGAGAAAGAAAGCAUCACUGGUGCGCUCGGUGAAGGCUUGCUUCAGCAGCUGGUGGAAUUACUGGGCCAGGUGCCCCGGAUCAUGCUCCUAAUCCUUAAAACCAAUGACCUGACUCGCAGUCUCGACGAGAACCUUCACACUCGGCAAGGCCCCGUACGGACGUUCCUUAUUCUCGCGCGCUACGCAACCCGCACAGUUUUCGAAGAGCAGAUGGAUACUAUCAAUGAGAGCGGUGGGUUGCUGCGCCCAUCAAACUUCUGGCAAUUUCUUUGCGCUUGGACAAAAUUUUUGCGUGUGGAGCUAAAGCUUUCCGUGUACGAAACUGUGCUCUUGUUGAGAAGUCGGUUAGGACUUUUGUAGUCCGCGGCCAUAACCAUGAGUGCAUCUUCCUACCCACUGUAUUACUUUAAUUCGGGAUUUCGCCUUGUAUAGUUGUGCAUUUCGGCGAGGCGUUUCUCUGUUAUUUCUCUUCUUGUGAUGCUUACGAUUCUCUUCAACCCUUCUUGACCAUGCUUUACUAGACAAUC